GGCGAGGAAGACAACAUCUCGGGGAAAAAAACAAGGACAAGAAAUUUACCUCCAAUAAACAUGUUGGAUUCGCUCACACUACUCCUGGAAAAAGUCCUCUUCCUCACUCACCUCAAUGUCUUCAAUCAGUUCAGGACCAGUCUGUUUUUUUCAGACACACAGAGAGAGAGGGAGAAGAAGAUAGUUACAAAUCACUGCGAGAAAGAAGAGAUCCCCGAUCCCUCCGCCUGCACCGCACUCACAGACUCCCUGUACCAGCGGGGAGACUUGUUAGAAGUUCCCCGGACUCUAUUCACUCAUUUCGGCAUCUAUUUAGGGGACAACCGGGUGGCACAUCUGAUUCCGGAUAUCUUGCCACUCUUUACAACGGACAAGCUUUCCAUUCAGGUGAUGGUAACUAACAAACGCUUAGUUCUUGGCGUUCUAUCCAAGAGCGCCAGCAUCCGGGUGGAUACCGUUGAGGACUUUGCCUACGGCGCGUCAAUUCUACUGAACGCUAUGGACACUACCGUGCAGAAACGACCGUUGGAUGGCGAAGAGAUCGCGAGGAGAGCGGAGGAAAUGGUUGGGAAGAUACCGUACAGUUUACUGUGGAAUAACUGUGAACAUUUCGUUACUUACUGCCGGUACGGCAGCGCAAUCAGCAUUCAGACAGACAAGUUCUGUGAUUGGCUGAAAUCUGUCAUCCGGGAUCAUAGGAGUGUUCCGCUGACGGCGUUCCUGGGAAUUCUGUCUAUUCUCAGUCUGGGAAUGUCCCCUUACACCACGCUUCCCACCCUCCUCAUCCCCUUCACCCUCUGGAUGGCAGGCUGAUACCUGGGAAUUCUGUCUAUUCUCAGUCUGGGAAUGUCCCCCUCCUCAUCCCCUUCACCCUCUGGAUGGCAGGCUGAUACCUGCGAAUUCUGUCUAUUCUCAGUCUGGGAAUGUCCCCCUCCUCAUCCCCUUCACCCUCUGGAUGGCAGGCUGAUACCUGGGAAUUCUGUCUAUUCUCAGUCUGGGAAUGUCCCCCUCCUCAUCCCCUUCACCCUCUGGAUGGCAGGCUGAUACCUGGGAAUUCUGUCUAUUCUCAGUCUGGGAAUGUCCCCCUCCUCAUCCCCUUCACCCUCUGGAUGGCAGGCUGAUACCUGGGAAUUCUGUCUAUUCUCAGUCUGGGAAUGUCCCCCUCCUCAUCCCCUUCACCCUCUGGAUGGCAGGCUGAUACCUGGGAAUUCUGUCUAUUCUCAGUCUGGGAAUGUCCCCCUCCUCAUCCCCUUCACCCUCUGGAUGGCAGGCUGAUACCUGGGAAUUCUGUCUAUUCUCAGUCUGGGAAUGUCCCCCUCCUCAUCCCCUUCACCCUCUGAAUGGCAGGCUGAUACCUGGGAAUUCUGUCUAUUCUCAGUCUGGGAAUGUCCCCCUCCUCAUCCCCUUCACCCUCUGGAUGGCAGGCUGAUACCUGGGAAUUCUGUCUAUUCUCAGUCUGGGAAUGUCCCCCUCCUCAUCCCCUUCACCCUCUGGAUGGCAGGCUGAUACCUGGGAAUUCUGUCUAUUCUCAGUCUGGGAAUGUCCCCCUCCUCAUCCCCUUCACCCUCUGGAUGGCAGGCUGAUAACUGGGAAUUCUGUCUAUCCUCAGUCUGGGAAUGUCCCCUUACACCAUGCUUCCCAAUUCUGUCACCCGCAGGAAGUGGGGUCACGGUCAGGGUCACCAUAUCCCAACUCCCCCUGAGACCCCCGCAGGAAGUGGGGUCAUGGUCAGGGUCACCAUGUCCCAACUCCCCCUGAGACCCCCGCAGGAAGUGGGGUCACGGUCAGGGUCACCAUGUUCCAACUCCCCCUGAGACACCCGCAGGAAGUGGGGUCACGGUCAGGGUCACCAUGUUCCAACUCCCCCUGAGACACCCGCAGGAAGUGGGGUCACGGUCAGGGUCACCAUAUCCCAACUCCCCCUGAGACACCCGUAGGAAGUGGGAAACUUUAAACAGUUUUUGUUGUGUAAAUAAAUACCUGAAUCAUUAAACACUGUAGUG